AGACAGUAACAGAACGGUACCUAUCAAGUGGCUUAGCUGCGGUUCAGUGGCUUAGUCAAGCAGCACCACUCGAUCGAAUCGGUUGACAGUCAGAUUGCAUCUAGAACUGUUCGGCAGUGGUGUUUGAUUAAGAUUUCUUGUUUUGUAAGGACACCGUUGCGGACAACAUGAUCACCCGGUUACUCCUGCUGCUCCUGGUGAUUCAAAGUACCGUUCAGCAACAAUGUAUGACCCCAACGCGCAAGCGUGGCCUCUGCACCUCGAUCUACGAUUGCAGCAGUAUGUUAAGCUUCUUCGGAGAUCGACUGCUGACCUGGGAGGAGCGGGACUUUCUAAGACUAUCCGCCUGUACCGGUGCUGCCUCCAGUCGGCAACCAUCCGUUUGCUGUCCGGAUAAGAACGUACGUCCCGGCGGUGGCGGUGGCGGCGGUAAUGGUAAUGGGGCUGGAGAUUCGACGCUCCAAACGCCUCCUCCACCGCCGGAAAUUCCAUCGGCUAUUACACCGGUGCAGCCGGAAAACCGUGCUCAAAUAGGUGGUGGAUUGCUGCCGAACCCACGGACCAAUGAGUGUGGCGUUAGCAUCGGAAUGCGAAUCUACGGCGGUGAGAAUGCAGAUAUUGAUGAGUUCCCUUGGCUGGCUAUGCUGCAGUACGAGAACUUUCGCGGGGAGCGAAAGUUUAGCUGCGGUGGGUCGUUGGUCAACAAUCGGUACGUGCUGACGGCGGCGCAUUGUGUGGUGGGAGAGGUCGAGAAGAAGGAGGGCAAUCUGGUCAGCGUCCGGUUGGGAGAGUAUGAUACCACGACGGAUGUCGAUUGUAUCGAACAGGAUGAGGAGCGGAUUUGUGCCGAUCCGCCGAUUGAUGUUCCCGUUGAAGAGAAACUACCGCACCCGGAGUAUAGCGAGUUGACCAAACUGAAUGAUAUUGCGCUGCUGCGGUUGAACCGGGAUAUUUUGUAUACGGAUUUCAUUCAGCCGAUUUGUUUGCCUUUGGCUGAUUUCAGGAACUCUGCCGCUGGAGAUGUUAACUUUGUGACCGGAUUCGGAAGGACGUUGAAGGGCAACCGCAGCCCGGUUAAGCAGAAGCUCGGCAUCAAGGUGUACGACCAGGACCGCUGUCGGGCCAAAUUUGCCACCAAGAAGGCGGACAUUACAGCGAAUCAGCUCUGUGCAGGCGGUGACUUUGCCAAGGAUUCCUGCCACGGGGACUCGGGUGGUCCGCUGAUGAAACUGCAGAAGGUUUGGACCCUGGAGGGAGUGGUUUCCUACGGUAACCGGUGCGGACUGGAGGAUUGGCCCGGGGUGUAUACCCGGGUUCAGGCAUACAUGGACUGGAUCCGAGCGACGAUCCGAAAUUAGGUGUGUAAUGGUUUUUGUUUAGUGAUAUGGACGAAAAUAAAUAAAUCGAACGUUUGGAUUGGA